UGAACGGAAUCGAUCAAUCGGUGAAUGUAAUUAAAGAUACAUGUAAUUUAGUUAGCUUUAUUUAAAAUACAUUAAAAGUGAUUAGUUGUUAUCAAAGUGUAGCUUUUUAUUUGGCCUCAGAGAAGGAUAAAUCGCGUUUUUUGUAAGUUUUUUUUGUAACAGGCACAUUUGUGGGCUACUACGAAAGGCACUGUUUACAUUUUGAAGUGAAACAUCGACGUUCAAAUUCUGCUGUGGCUUAUUUAGUGUAGAAAUAUGUGAAAAGAAAAUGUGUUCGGCGAUGAGUAAUACAUCCACGAGAAUGGGAGUAUCAUUAGCAGUUUGUUUAGUGACAUUUAUUCACGGUUUUACCUUUAGUUUGUGUGUUAAUGGCUCUGGACGAGCGCUAACGCUAUGCUAGUUGUAUCUGUACACGUUACAGUAAGCAGUAAUUGAGAGACAGUACGAUGGUAGUGGAGGUAGAGAGCUUCUUCGGUGUGUACAUGUUGUACUGCAUCAAUCCUAAAUUCAAAGGCCGGAUCUACAUCGGCUUCACGGUGAACCCUGAGCGCAGGAUCGGACAACACAACGCCGGGCGGCACAAAGGGGGAGCCAUGAGGACGAGCGGGAGAGGACCAUGGGAGAUGGUCCUCAUCAUACAUGGCUUUCCCUCUGAUAUUGCUGCCCUGAGGUUUGAGUGGGCGUGGCAGCACCCUCACUCCUCCCGCCGUCUCUCCCAUGUAUCUCGGCGCGCCAGGAAAGAGUCCAGCCUGCAGUUCCACUGGCGCGUGGUCUCCAACAUGCUGAGGGUGGCGCCGUGGAGCAGACUGCCGCUGACGGCCCGCUGGCUGAAACAGGAGUACCGAAUGGACUUUGAGCCAAGCCUGCAGCCGCCGCUCCACAUCCCUGUCGCCUUCGGAAGCGUCAGAGCCAAGAAGAAGCAGCUGCUGCCGUCUGCAGGAGAAGAAGAGGAGGAGACGAGCCGUUGUUUCCUCUGCAGAGGACUCAUCAAGGCGUCAGAGAAGCUGAGCUGUUUCCACCCGUCCUGUUUGAUGAGCAGUCACGUGACCUGCCUCGCCAAACUCUUCCUGAAGUCGGAGCCGUCUCACCUCCUGCCAGUGGAGGGUGAGUGUCCAUCCUGUCGGCGCUCCGUGUUGUGGGGGAGUCUCAUCAGACACAAACACGGCUGCUUCGGAGACCUGGAGGAGACCGGACUCUCUGCGUCGCAGAGUCACUGGGCAGACGAGCUGCAGACUUUAGGAAGCUGAUUCUGCAGAAACCAGCUUUUAUUUCCUUCCUGAUGAAGAGAGGAGUCACAUGAUGCUUUUCAAAGACUGAUGAAGAAACAGAGCGUGUCUCUUCACUCUGAACACGGACAUGAAGCGUGAUGUUCGAGUGAUGUCCACAUUACCCUUAUUUUUAAACCCUGAUCAUGAGGUGUUUUUUAAUCUGAGUUUAACUAUUUUAAUAUUAGUGGCACAUGAAAUGUUUCAAUGUAUUUUGUAAGAAUAAAAUAAUGUUUUUUUUACUCUG